AUGCCCAAUAUAUCCUCCACGAUGAAGUUUCUCGCGGAUAGAACGCACUUGGCUAUUAUAGCCGCCAAAUUCUCCUGUGGAGCGCCUCGAGCCGGCGCCGGGAAGGGACCGGAAGCAAUCAUGCAAACCGGGGUCUUUCAGGAGAUCGCUACCAAAGCCAACCUGGCCAUCGAUUUCGAUGUCUUGGCGGCUGAACCUGCCACCGCCGACCACACAGAGGCGAAGGAAAAGGAGGAGGGGGGACUGGUCUACCAGCACGCUCGCCGAGGACGGCUUGUGCUGACGGUGGGGGGCGACCAUUCCAUCGGGGCGGGGACCGUCACGGGGACCGCAAAGGCCCUCCGCGACCAAUUCGCCGGCCAGCAGCAGCAGGAACAGCAGGAGCUGGGUGUGCUCUGGAUUGACGCGCACGCCGACAUCAACACCCCCGAGACCAGCAGGAGUGGCCGCCUCCACGGCAUGCCCGUCGCGUUCGCGUCGUGCCUUGCCCCCUCGCCCCAGAGCGGGUGUCUCCGGGAUGUCGACGAGGCGGAGAAGGAGCUCAUUGCCCGUCAUCAGGUCAAGGCCUUUACGAUGGAGGAUGUGAACCGGCUGGGAAUUGACAAGAUCAUGGAGGCCGCCCUGGAUCAUAUGGGGCCCGACACGCCGAUCCACGCCUCGUAUGAUAUCGAUUCCCUAGACCCGGAAUGGGCGCCUUCCACCGGGUUCCCGGUGCCAGCGGGACUGUCGCUCGAGUAA